AUGUUACAACGUCUUAUUCGUCAUGCAUCUGCUAGUCAAGCUCCACCUUCUGUUCCACCUGUUCCUCUUGUUACUUCGGACUACUCGAGCCAGGCCCCAGGUAAUGAGUCCGGCAAUGGUCUCUUACGUCGGCCCUCAACCUCAAGCGAAGCUAGCCAACUCAUCCCCUCCGACAAAUCUUCACUGCCGCCCUCGCAGACGAAAAGCGAAGACGAGGAGGAAGAGGGUGUGGCUGAGGAGGAUGCCGGUGAUGAGGGCGAUGACGAAGGGGAGGGGGGAGCCACCGUGGUGGUUGCUUCCCCACCCACACACUCAAUUCCGUCGACUUGGGCGCGGUCGUCUGGACGUUCAUCUGUGGGCAACACGCGCAGAGUUCGUGCCUUCCGUGCGGAUAUGUCGCGAACGGCCGUCGGCAGUUGGCUUCGUGCCUCAGGAUUUGGCAGUCUGAGGUCAAAGUUUGCUAAGUUCAGUGGCGUUUGCUUUCGGCAACACAUCAUCCGUCUCUUCUUCGUUAUACUUUCCCUAGCUGCCCCGCAGCCAAUAUGUCAGGCUCUUUGCAAAAGCCCUGACAAUCCCUUUGGUGCUGACAUGCUUAGACUAGGUCGCCGCGAUCUCGUUCUCCUCUGCGGUGCUGUUGAAGGAAUUCGCCUAUCCAACGCGAUAAUGCAGAAGUAA